AUGGCUGUUACCCUAACAAAGAUCCCAUGCUAUUCCCCUACACCUACACUCCCUGCACUCCCUGCAAUCCCAAGAAAGAAUACCACCCCUAAUGAUCACUCCAAAAGACCUGAUUCAGUUUCUUCCCUUCACUCAAACUUGCCCCCCUCCUCUUUCUCCCAGCCAGUAAUAUAUCACUCCCUUCCGCCCCGUCCACCCGCCGUUAUUCCCUCCAGCACAACGAACAGGAUCAAUAGCCAUUCCUCGUACGCAAAUGAUUUUGACCGAGCAUUUGACGGUCUCGUUUCUGUGACCGGAGGGGCAAAGGACAGGGAUGGAGUCUCCUCGAUUUGUGUACCCGCCAAAGGUUCACCUCCCCGGUGUCCAUGUUUAUCAUUCGUUCUCAGCUUACAUGAAACAGAAAACACCGGUCGAACCGACUCUCAUGUACCCUUGCCUGAUCAACACAGCCUAUGGCGGACGACGCCAAUAGCGGCAUCUGCGGAUCCCACGCCGUCAUCCACUCGAGAACAAUCGCAGCCACGAGAUCAGCUUGAUCCAACGCCGGAAGUCGGCAUGCCCUCGCCGCGUGCAGUGCAUGCUGACCCUAAUCUUGGUUCAGCCGACUCGGAAAUGGAGCUCUCUGUGCAGAGACUAUCUACUGUUAAUCGAGAGCAUCCGCUGGUGACUCCGCCGGCCGCGAGUUCCGCUCCGUCUUGCUCAGCGUCGUUGCGGAGGUCAUAUACUCAGACGGACUUGACUCCGCCAGACUCCGGCCAACCCGGCAGCAUCAUCAGUGUGGAGCCUUCGCCUGAUAGUAUGACGGAUCCUGCUAUUAGAGACCUACCCCUUCUUUUCAGUGGAGAAGCGGUAGGCCAGUCGCGAGAGAAUCUACAGGCUAGAUCGGAUAGGUAUGACCUGGGACGAAAUAGCCACACGCAUGCUAAGUCUCCGCCUAUAGCGUCUGGAUCGGAGCAGCUCAGACUGGAUAUUGAGGAUUUCGAGUCUGUCUCUGAUACAGAUGACAAUGCUCUAGGUUCAGGAGACCGAUGGGAGUACCGACGUAUUAAGGCGCGUCGGAUCGAUUCUUCGGGUCGCAGGAUGGCAAGGGUUGAGUGGAAGGAUACCUGGGAACCAGAGGAUGAGCUGGAUGGGUUGAAGAUGGCGUUGCGGCGGUACGCACGGGAACGGCGAGCGAAGCGCGACUCGGAAGGAACAUGCCUGAAAUACGGAGCAAGAAAACGCAGUUGUCCUGUAUGA